AUGAGCUGAAAGAAAAUUUGUGUAAAUCAGAAGAAAAUGGCAGAUAAACAAGUGAUGAUAAUGGCAUUGGAUGAAAGUGAUCACAGUUUCUAUGCACUUGAUUGGAUUCUCACACAGUUCUUUAGUCCUCCUUCAGAUUCUGCUUUCAAGCUCAUUAUUAUCCAUGCCAAGACCUCUCCUGUUUCCGCUAUUGGACUAGGUGGACCUGGUUUAGGAUCCACCGAUGUGCUACAUCUAGUGGAAGCGGAUCUCACGAAGACAGCAGAAAAGGUCAUUUCUAGAGCGAAAGAUCUUUGCACCAGUAGAUCGGUAACUGACGUCCAGUACGAAGUGAUCAAAGGAGACGCAAGGAACGUCAUGUGUGAGGCUGUAGAGAAAUUUCAUGCAUCUGUUUUGACUCUUGGUAGCCAUGGCUAUGGAGCUUUUAAACGGGCUGUGUUGGGAAGUGUAAGUGACUAUUGCUGCCACCAUGCUCGUUGCUCUGUGAUGAUUGUGAAAAAGCCCAAGCAAAUUAAUUAAAAAAUUUCACUUUCAGUUUUGUUUACCUUUGAUUUUCCUACGUUAUAUUUGAUCAUUUGUACAAGCUAACUUUCUUGAUGGGUACUUGUAAUCGUCGAGACCUUGGAACGAGGAUGUGAUUCGAUGUAAUUCUUUGUCGUUCUUCCUGUUGAAUCAAUGUCUUGUAUCAACAAAAAACAAACAUGAAACAAAAUUCUUU